UCUGAAAGCACUGGAGAAAUUUUCAGCAAAAAUAAACCAUCCCAGGGCCUCGAACAAGACCAGAUAAAGAUGACAAAUGCCACUCCUCACUUGUCCGUAACAGAUGAGCAAAAUUCCAAAAGUAGCCCAGAAGGAGAAGAAAAUUUCCACGUUUCAGAGGUAAAUACCGAAACCGAACAAAACGAAUUAGUCGCACGUGCAUCUGAACCAUUGGACUGCGCAAGGACAAGUUGUUUAAGCUACACACUACCUGAAGAUCUUCCUGAUGUGAUCGAAGAAGACCUGAUUGUUGGGAGGGGGCAUUUGACCAGAUUUGGCUUAAGUAAAUUCGAAAAUUUCCAGUUGCAUGCUAUUCAAAGCGUUUGUCUUGGACGAGAUACAAUAGUGGUGUAACCGACGGGCAGUGGCAAGAGUUUAUGCUUUCAGUUGCCUUCUCUCAUCGAUCGUAAGAAGUUCGUUGUCGUUGUAAGCCCUACAAUAUCGCUUAUAAACUCACAAAUAGAAAGGCUAAAGAGCCUUGGCAUAGAUGUGUUUUCGUUAGGAAGAGCAGCAGGAAUCGAGUCACACCUUAAUCACGAAAGACUAUUUUCCGCAGACGGCAAGCGCUCCUUCCCGUCUGUUGUUUUCAUGACUCCAGAGCAUUUCAAUUGCGUUCAGUACAAUUUGGAGCAAAAUAAGGAUCAUAUCAAAUUAAUAGUCUUGGACCAAGUACACAAAAUGUUUGAUAGAAAUUCUGAUUUUCGAUCAAGUUACGAUUUCUUUGAGAAUAUCAAAGAUACCUUUAGUGGAGUACCUGUGAUGACAUUAACUGCCACCCUGAGCCAGGAACAGUUACAAAGUCUGUGUAAUGACUACUUAAGAAAUCCUGUUUUGAUCAAAGGAUCAAUCAACUGCAGCAACAUCAAGUUGAACAUCAAGCCCUAUGUUACACCAGUAAAGCAGAGGUCCGGUAAGAACGAAAAAGCUAAGUCAGCGGUUGACGUCUGGUGCACAUGCGCAACCGAUAUUAAAACUAUAACAAAAGAUGAAUAUGCAAUAGUGUACAUGGAUUUUCGAAACGAUGUGAAGUUGAUGACGUCAUCACUAAGGACGCUAAUUGGAGAAGACAAUGUUAGACCCUUUUAUGGAAAAGGAAUGACGCACGACGAGAAGAGGAAGACUGAUUCUGACUUCAGAGCAAAGGAUUUUCAAGUUCUGGUUGCCACUGAGUCGUAUGAAGUUGGAACACAUAGUCCACACGUGAACAACAUUUUCCGAGUCGGUUGUAUGCGCAACCUAAGUGUUAACGUACAGGAAUUUGGCAGAGCAGGACGAAGUGGUAAUGACGCCGAUGGAUUUCUCCUCGUCAACGAAUCCAAAGACGAUCAGCGAUUGAAUUUCUGGACACAAAGCUGCUCGAAGACUGAAGAAAAACACAUGAAAGAUGAGUUUCUUGAAUCAUGGCGAUGGAUAUACUCUAUGUACUCUGGGAGAUGCCUGAGAGAUGUGUUAAUCAGCAAGUUUGGAGAGGGUGAGUUGGAACUGCAAUGCAAAGAUGCAUGUUGUUCAAGUUGUGAUAUCAAAAGAAAAAGAGACUUCAACGCAAAGCAAGCGAUCACCCUUCUUAUACAGGCCAUUAUUGACUUUGGAAAACUAAUAAAAUAUCAGAAUGGUGUGAGAGAGGAAGAGUUAAUCGCAUGGUUAAGAGGAAGUAAGAGGGAUAAAUUCUCCACACCAGAAAUGCAGAUGGUCAUGGAAAAGUCUCGUUCCUAUUCUGCUGGUUCGCAGCUGGCGGGGCUGAAAUGUUCCAAUGAUUGGUGGUCAAGAGUGUUAUGACAGUCAGUAAAUCUAGAGUAUGUAGACAUCAACUUCAACAUAACUAGAUGCGACUCGUUUAACAGGGUGUGGAGACAAUACAAAGUUUCCGAGAAAGGUAAGGAAUUUUUGCACUGUCCGCGCGACGUACUUGUUUUAGAUCCUGCGGUCGAUCCUUUGAACGAGGAAACAAAAGAGAAAGCCGCCAUAACUAACAAGAAAAGGAGUGGACGUGGACACCAUCACUUACCAAGUUAAAAGAGGCUUUGAAGCAUUCUGAUACAUGGCUCAAGCUGAGAGACAAAGAUCAAUAUGAAUUUCCCGGAUUCGAGACUGACCCACAGUCCUCACAGAAACCACUGGCCUACGUAGAAGAUUGGCGCAAGUUGCCUUUUGCAGCCAGCACUCGGCCACAUUUUAUCUGGGAUGACAACCAAUUAUCAAUAAGAGGCUCACAAACAACAAAACACGACAUAAUCAUAGAAGGUAAGAAUACAUCUUUGAACGUGAGACGGGGACCUUGUGAAGGCGUGAAAACUUGUGCUGGCCCUGACUAUGACUAUGUGGUCUCUAACAGACAAAAGAUAAAUCGCUGCGUACGACACAGGGAAAAUUAUUCUCUGCUUUCAUCUGGAGCAUGUACUGCGCAUAUGGUGUACAUAUGGCCUUGCAAUGACGAUGGAAGGCGAUGGGUUGGUGUUGUACCGGGAACUGGACACAAUCACAAUAAACCAGCUCCACACAACAUGUCAAGCAAAGUGAAAGAGGACAUCCAAAGAGUGGUUUCCGGUGACAGCUCCAAAAAGACUAAAGACAUCAUGAAGGGCCUUGGAAUUGGUUACGUCCCAGCCGAAGCGAGUUCGCCUGCAGCAAAUGCCGAUCAUGUUAGAAAAGAGAGGAAGAUAGCCCUUGGCAAAUGGACGUCUGUUCACAGAGAGAUACGCCCACUCGACGAGGUACUCCAGUUCGAUAAAAUUCAGAAAAAAGUGGAAAGCAACCAGUUGUAUGGUGAUUGCAGCAUGAAUAUCAGCGAUAAAGUCAAUCAGAUGAUGGGUCAAUAUCAGAUGGAAGGGAGCGAGUACCUCUUUACUCCUUGCAGAAAGUAUGCAUUCUUCAUGGCUCCAUUUCAGUCUGCACUGUUGAGUACAGCAGAGGAUUUAUUCAUGGACGUUACUUAUACUGGUAAUGACUUCUUCCCAUACCUCCUAAACGUUGUUUCUUUUAACGACGAAACGUGCGUGUAUAAUGCCGUAGCAAGAGUUUUAUGUAGUAUCCAACACAGUGAGACCUACGCUAAAUCCAUCACCACGAUUUUUCAAAAAGUGAUGGUUGAUCAUGCCCGCUUCACGAAUGGCAAGAAUUUAAGAUCUAUCUUGGUUGACUUUGAUGAUGGACAAUACAAAGGACUUCAACAGUGUCUGGGUGAAGACCUUUCCCUGAAAGUGAUCAGGGGAUGCACGGUUCACUGGCAGAGAUCAGUUAACAGAGUCUGCAAACUAGUUUGCAGGAAUGAUACUGAAGUUCGCAUAUUUAAAGCCCUAGCAAGCAAAAUCGAAGACGAGAGCAAGAAAGAAAAUGUUUUGUUGCUUUUCGACAUGCUCUCUGGCACCAGACAACUACAAGAAGCAAGGCAAUUAGUUGGCAAGGACCUAUUCUCGGGAUUUGACACCGUGCACAACAAAGACUGGAUAAAGCUAAAGCAUUGGAGUAAAUGGUGGUGCUGUGUAAAUCACCUGACAAUGUUUACAAGGGCUUUUAAGGAAAUGGACGACAAGGAUUGGGAACAGGGACCUAGUACUACCAAUCCUGUCGAGUCUUUAAACAGGCAGUCACUUCAGGAAGGUGGUAUUAUACUUCAUGCUUUGAUGGAGAACAUUUACCUGGAAGAUCGCCUCCACGCUGUGAAAACAGCAGCUUGCAAAGAGAACGUCACAACAUCCUACAAAUCAUCACCUGGAAAGCAGAAGGCCAAACGAAAGCGCACAAGUGAAGGCAAAUGUGGUGACGAAGGUCCGCCGGAUGAGCGCAGACAUAUA